AUGACUGACUAUUUGCGGAGGUUCCCCAUUUGUAACAAAAUUGCCGAAACGUUAAAAUUAAACAUUAAAUUCAUUCAUGUGUUCAACGAAUACAACCCAAACACUCAGAUAUACAACGGAUAUAACGCUCUGUUUAUUACAAACGAUGAUAUGGUAUACGGUUUGGGAGACAAUUUCUGGGGGUCUCUCGGGUUAGGCCAUAACAAGUCUGUCCAAUCGCCACAACUCAUCCCCAAGUUAUCUCAUCAGGGUAUUCAACGGUUUAUUAAUGGAGUAUUCAGUUUCGGUGACAAUUUUUACGGACAAUUAGGUAGAGAUAUCAAGAAAGAUGACUAUUUUAUGAAACCUGAAAAUAUGAUGUUUUUCAAUGACCUGGAUAUCACUGAUAUUAGCUGUGGAUUCGCUCAUACAUUAGCCCUCACCGCCAACGGACAGUAUCAAGAUAAUUACUUCGAGCGAACAUUUAAUGUGAUAUCACUUAUCGGUUCCGGAAGUUUUGGCGAAGUGUUUAAAGUGGAGGACAAAAUCGAUGGCGAAAUCAAUCCCUAA